CUUACAUUGUGUGUUCUGUGUUGCUCGAGCUCAAACACAAGUUGUUUGUCUUUCUUUGGAAAAGAACUCCGGAAACGAAACCCUGAGUAAUAGGAAGUGGUUAAGGUGAGAGAACAGCUUGCUGUCGGGAAGGCGUGGGCGGGUCAGCUCGGGACAGAAGAGGAGUCUGUGAAAUUAACCUGGUGAGACAGAGGCGAGGAGCCUACAAGGCGAAGCCGCCUGGAAUAGGGAGAAUAAGAACCUUAGAGGUUUUUCAGUGAAAGUCUUGGAGCGCACUUUCACUAGUUAAGAAAAAAAAUGACUACUCUUAAAAGUUUAGAAACCAAAGUUAUCCUUACUUCAACCCCAAUCCGAGGAGCAGGAGAUGGAAUGGAAACUGAGGAGCCACCUAAGUCUAUUGAAGUCACUUCUGGAAUCCAACCCAUAAAGCAUCACAUCCUUCAGAGUCCACGGAAAAAAGCAUUUCCCUCAGAAAGCCCUGGAGUUCUUCAGUUAGGGAAGAUUGUCACUGAAAAAGCAGUUGAAGUUGAAGCUAUAAGAAUAUAUGUUCCCAAAGCUGCUAUAACUCAUGAUGUCCCCAAUAAAAAUGCAAAGGUUAAGUCUCUGGGAUAUCAUAAAGGAGAAUUCCUUGGUCAGUUAGAGGGACUUGCAGAACCUAGGAAGGAACUCUCAGAGGUAAAGACUACAUUGGAAAAGCUCAGAAACUCUGAAAGGAGGCUAUUACAGGACAAAGAAGGACUUUCAAACCAGCUCCGAGUACAGACAGAGGUGAAUCGUGAAUUAAAAAAAUUACUGGUGGCUUCUGUUGGGGAUGAUCUUCAGUAUCACUUUGAACGUAUAGCACGUGAGAAGAAUCAGCUUAUUUUAGAAAAUGAAGCCCUGGGUCGAAACACAGCUCAGCUUUCUGAACAGUUAGAACGUAUGUCAAUACAAUGUGAUGUAUGGCGAAGUAAAUUCCUCGCAAGCAGGGUAAUGGCAGAUGAGUUAACCAACUCACGAGCAGUUUUACAGCGUCAAAACCGUGAUGCACAAAGUGCUAUACAAGAUCUCCUAAGUGAACGAGAGCAGUUUCGUCAGGAAAUGACAGCUACCCAGAAAAUUUUGGAGGAGCUCUUGGUCUCCUUACAGUGGGGAAGAGAGCAGACCUACUCUCCUAGCACACAACCCCACAGCACUGCAGAACUAUCAGUAACAAAUCACAAGUUGGCAAAAGCAGUAAAUGCUCAUCUCCUGGGAAAUGUUGGCAAUGGCAGUGAAAAAAAGAUUCCAUCAUCAGUUGAGUUCUGCAAUACCCCAGCUGAGAAAAUGGCUGAAAAGGUUCUGCGUAUUUUGGAUCCAGUUACCUGUAUAGAAAGCUCACCUGAUAAUCCAUUUUCUGACUCUUCACCAACCACAUUACUUGCUACAAAGAAAAAUAUUGGACGAUUUCAUCCCUAUACUAGAUAUGAAAAUAUAACUUUCAAUUGCUGCAAUCAUUGCCGGGGAGAACUUAUUGCCCUUUAACAUUCAGUAUGUUGGACACGUGUGUUAACCAAAAGUCAGUGUUUGGGGUCAGGGUUUCUUAUAAUGCUAGAAGUAAUAUCGCUUCCUCUUUACAUAAUGUAUAGCCUCAAAGAUAUCUCAUGUAUUAGACUCCAGAUUACCCUUUCUUAAUAAAUAUCUCAGGGUAAGAAAAGAGUGAAACUGUAGAUAUAUUUAGAGAAUAUUUCCCAGGUAAUAUGGUGUUUAUGUUUAAAAAAAAAAGUAUAAAAGAAAAAUUUGAGAGUUUGUUUUAGGCCCUUAUUAUAAAUAGAUAUUUAUAAUAUUUAGAUAUUUUAUAUGAACAGAUUUCAUUUUGGUGCAUUAAAGCAAGGACAGGCAAAACCAUAGCCAUGAGUCACAUGUAGCCACACCCAUUCACUUACUGUAGUCUAAGCUGUUUUUGUAUAUGACACCAUACUUGAAUAGAUACACCAAGGCCUUCAAAGUCUGGUCCUUUAUAGAAAAAGUUUUCUGACUCAUAAACUAAUAGUUGGGAGUGCAGAUAGAGGGAAUUGUAUUCCUUUUAUUAUAGUUUUUGGGCUACAAAAGAGGCUUACAGGGAUGCCAAAGUGAAGGGGCUAAAAAGCUCGAUACUAUAAAGUAAAAAAUAUUUUAGAGCUACGCUUAUAAGUACUUAAACAAAACAUCUUAUGCUGCGUUUUGCAAGGGAUUCUGUGUUCUGAAUGGAUUCAAGUCUGACAUACAUUAAGGAAACAAAUUCUUAACUAUUGACUCAUUUUGAAAACUGAGAAAUACCUAGCUUGAUAUUUAUAAUAUAUGUGGAAAAGGUGGAAUUUUUCUAGAACAUCAUAGAAACUGAAAGAAAAAUGCAAUCUGUCAAUUCAUAUGUAAUAUUUACAUGGUAAAACAUCAUAAGAUGCCUUUUUAUUGGCCUUUAAAAAUACUCACAAAACACUUAUAUCAAACCAUACAAAUUAGUUGCAGAAGUGCCUAUCAGAAAU